ACGGCCUCUUCUUAAACCCUGGAUACCCUCCAAAACCCUGUUUCUCGAAUCUCAGCCUCUUCCUCAAGAACGCCAUCUUCUUCUGCUGCGGAGCAACACGAUCUUCUUCUGCGGCACAUACACCCACGUCUGAUCUAAGCCAUGAGAUCGAUUCUUCCGAAACGCAUCGGCCGAUCCUCUCUCGAAAGCCAUCCCCUUUCGCAGACCCCAAGUCGAACCUCUCCCAGCGACGCCGCGCCCCCCAUAUGCGUCCGCGACCGCGGCCUUGACCACGCCGUCGAGAGAGAGAAGUUCCUGAUACCCGUCGUCAACCUCAAGAACCUCCUCAAAUCGGAGCCCUCGAAAUCGCUCCCCAUUUCCGUAAUCGCCCAGAGCAGAGAUGACCUCCGCAUCCCCAUUCGCCCCAUCGACUUCGUUCGCCGAUACCCUUCGAUCUUCGCGGAGUUCUUGCCCGGGAACGUCGGGGUCCACCCCCAUUUCAAGCUCACGGAUGAAGUUUUGGAGUUGGAUGCGGAAGAGCAGCUGGUUUAUCAGAGGGAGAGCUACAGACAGGAGGCCGCGGAUAGGGUUCUGAAGCUGUUGAUGAUGUCGAAGGUCCUCAAAAUGCCGUUGGACAUAAUUGAUCGGCUGAAAUGGGACAUGGGUUUGCCCCAAGAUUUUGCUCAGAGCAUAGUUCCAGAGUUCCCGGAUUAUUUUCGAGUAGUGGAUGGCGAGGGAAUUCGAGUUCUUGAAUUAGUUUGUUGGAGCAGCGACUUGGCGAAAUCCAUCAUGGAAAGGAGAGCGGCUAAUUGUACGAAAGGUAUGCCGAUCGAGUUCACUACGCAUUUUUCUAAAGGUUUUGAGAUGGAUAAGAAGUUAAAGAAGUGGAUUGACGAUUGGCAGAAGCUCCCUUACGUUUCCCCUUAUGAAAAUGGGUUGCAUUUAUCGCAAAGUAGUGACGAAGCUGAUAAAUGGGCCGUUGCCGUCUUACAUGAGCUUCUAAAUCUUUUCGUUUCCAAGAAGACAGAUAGGGAUAAUAUGCUUUGUGUGGGGGAGUAUUUGGGGGUUCGGUCGAGGUUUAAAAGAGCACUGCUUGAUCAUCCGGGCAUUUUUUAUGUUUCAAGUAAGAAUAGAACCCAUACUGUGGUUUUGAAAGAGGUAUUUAAAAGGGGUUCCUUAAUUGAGCAGCAUCCUUUGAUGGAUAUGAGGAAUAGGUACAUUCACCUGAUGAACACGGCGAAGGAAGAGAAGAAAGUGAUUACUACGUCUGGUUCAAAGCAAAUGAAGAAGGUCUCUGAUGGUUCUGAACAUCAAAGAGAAGUCGAGGAUGAAAAUGAAGACGAGGAUGAUGCUCAUGGUAUGUCAGAUUCUGAGGUUGAGGAUGAUGAUGAAGAUGACGAGUUUGAAGAUGAUGAGGAAAACGACAAUGUUAAACGGACUCGGGCUAGAGCUCAUAAAAAUGCCUCACCUAGAGGAAAUGGGACUAGGAAGUCAAAUUCGUUUCCCAGGUACAAUUCUAGAAGUCGUGUUGGGGACAAGUCAGCUGGAGAAUCACAUAGUAAGAAAACUAAAAGAGCUUUGGCCAAGCUUUCUACAAGGAAAGUCUAAAGAUGAUUCCACUGGAGAUUGACGGAAUACUCAAAUGUUUCUGAUGGCAGUAACCAGUUAAACUUUCUUCAAGGAAGACAUUCAGAAUGCACCACCACAAUGGCAGUGUUGGUGAUAAGCCCCUCGGAUUAUGCUGCCUCCGGAAGGACAAGGAUGGCAGCAGAGGCGGUGGUGGUGGCGUGUUUGAGCUCUCUCACUUUUUGGCCAAUCCUUCUCCGAGUCCUCCUGAUCAGGUAUCUGUGUUUAGCGGUCUGCAUCUCUUCAUGAUCCUAAAAUGGCAACAAUAUGGUCUUAAGAAGCUCCAGAUUGUUCAGAGUUUCAUUGAUGCUCGACCCAUCUGUAGUUGGCUGCUCCGGUCAGCAGGGUACUUUUGUGUGUCAAAUAGGAAAAAUUAUGGAAAGAACAGUCUAUUCUUCGGAAAUGUCCUUGAGAACUGUUCUCAAGUUUGCCCUCCUUGUUGGUCUGUACAUAUGAAUUAGUUUCAGCCAAGGUUUAACUCAGCCAAUUGCACUUCAGAAGCUUUUACUGGGCAUAUAUAUGUCUGCUUCUUUUCAUAGUUUCUCCAUCGUUUGAAAGAAAUUUUGCUGUUGUCAUAUGAAUCUGUAUCGGU